CAUUGGAUAGAGAGAGAGAGAGAGAGAAAGAAAGAGAUGUCAGGUCAGUUAAUAAACCAGCUCUGCAACGCGUCCACUUUGAGCCUGAAAACGACGUCGUCAUUGCAUCCAAAGCCUGGUCUUUCCCACACCACCAAACGGGCCACCAGAACGGUUCGACUCUACGCCGUGUCGAGGAGCAAUGCCAGAGAACUCAUACAGUCAGGGACUGUACGGCCUGUGCGGCCGAGCGAAGCCAGCGCCGCCAUCGACGAUGAGGGGUUCGUGCUCUUGGACAUCCGACCGGACUGGGAGAGAGAGAAGGCGCACGUGACGGGGUCUCUGCACGUGCCGCUGUUCGUGGAGGACAAGGACAACGGUCUUCUCACUCUUCUGAAAAAGUGGGUUCAUUUCGGCUACAUUGGGCUGUGGACGGGCCAAUAUUUCACGACGUUGAAUCCUGAUUUUCUCGAGAAAGUGGAGGAAAGUGUUCCUGAUAAGACUACCAAGCUUCUUGUAGCUUGUGGUGAAGGACUCAGGUCAAUGAUGGCAACAUCAAAACUAUACGAAGGAGGGUACGAAAACUUGGGAUGGUUAGCAGGAGGAUUCAAUAGAAGUAAAGAUGAGGAUUUUGCAGCCGUUGAAGGCUCUGAAAAAUUAGAGUAUGCCACCAUAGGAGGUGUCUCCUACAUUUUUCUUCAGUUACUCAUCCUUUUACGAGCUGUUGGUAACGACACUAAUUGACCCCUAACACAAAUCUAUCUUCUUUUCUUUUUUUCUUUUCAAUUAAAAAAAGUGUUUGCUCAAUCAUCUCUUGUGGAUUUCCUUAUGUCAAGAAAUUACGUAUUUGCAAGUU